UUGUGAACUGAGCCAAUUAUUCAUAGUUCACUAAUGACACGUGAGUCUAUCUAAGAAUUUCUCUUUUAUUCUAACACUAAAACUUCUCAAACUCUAAAACUUCUCAAACUCUAAAUUCACGUCAAAGUUUUAAUUAGGGUUUGUAGUAUUAAACACAAAAACCAGCCAAAAGCUUUAAUAGUAGCUUUAGAGACAUGUCAAUUCCUAGUGAUUUGGUUGGGGAAAUACUUGUGCGAUUACCUCUCGACUCAUUGAUGCGAUUCAGAAGAGUUUGCAAAACAUGGCAAUUUAUGAUUACCAACGACCCUCAAAUUGUUCAUCGCUGCAAUGAAUUGCGGGAGAUUGAGUCUAAAGAAGCUAUCCGAUUUCAGAAGGAAAUGCAGAAAAUGAUAGACUCACGGUAUUUUAUUGCGAGAAGAAGAAGAAGAAAGGUUGCACUUCACAAGGUGUUUGAAGAAAUGGCGUGACUAUAAGAGGAGAAUGCGCAAGCAGAUGAUGGAGACUUAAAUUGGCAAUCUGCUAAGCGUUCGAUCUCUAAAACAUAGGCAUCAACGACAAGUCGAUCAUCUUUUUAUAUUGCACGGAAACUAUUCGAGUUUUAUGUUUUGCAUUUCGUAUUU